AUUAUUCACCACCCCACCAGGAUAGUGGAAUAGUCCGAUGUAAACAUGGCGCGAGCGGCUGGAAACAAAAUCUCUCUCCUACGAUUUUCAAGUUUACCAGGCCUGUCCAGAAGAUUCUCCACCUCCCCUCACCUGUCCUCAGGUGUGCAGUACCUGGUCAGAGGUCAUGACCCCGACCUGGCCUACUGCAGUACCCCGGGAAGGAGCCCGGGGGUCAUCUUCUUCCCGGGGUUUCUGUCCAACAUGGAUGGUACCAAGGCGUUGGCUCUGGAGGGGUACUGUCGGGCGGCUGGGCUGGCGUAUACAAGUUCACUGGCUCUCGAGGGGUACUGUCGGGCCGCUGGGCUGGCGUAUACAAGGUUUGACUACAGAGGGAUGGGCCUGUCCCAGGGCUCCAUAGAGAACUGCUCCAUCGCCACCUGGAGACAGGACUGUCUGGAUGUGCUGGACAGACUCACCACAGGCAAACAGAUCAUCGUAGGCUCCAGUAUGGGAGGCUGGCUCAUGCUUCUCAUUGCCAUGAACCGUCCAGAGAGGCUCCACGGGCUGGUCGGAAUAUCGACGGCCGCGGACUUCGUGAAGAAGCACUGGGAGCAGGCGCCAAUCAUUGUGCAGAACCAGUGGAGGGAGAAGGGCGUGUACACCUUCCCGUCGGACUACACCGACAGCGGAACUGUCUCACUCGGCUACGGCUGGAUACAGGACAGCCUGCCCUACUGCAUCCUGGGUACGCGCAUGCCCAUCACGUGCCCGGUGCGGCUUAUCCACGGGCUAGGCGACCAGGACGUCCCGUACCAGACUUCCGCCCAGAUUCUCGAGGAGCUGGACGCGAAAGACGUUGACCUGAUCCUGCGUAAGAGCGGCGGCCAUCGCAUGAGCGAGCCGGAGGACUUGGAGCUGAUCAUAGACACUGUGGACAAGCUGGUGAACACACUGGGGGAGGGGGGCGCUGGGGAGGAGCUGGAUAAUGUGCAGGGUGCGCAGUCUGUGAAGGAGGAACAUGGGAGAAUCACUGAGCCGGACAGCAGACAGGGCUGAGUGUUGUACACAG